AUUGUGGCCUUACCACUAAGGCCACCAUACUACUACGAUGCGUUGGUCGUCGUGGUCGAGGGGGCGCUGGUGGUCGUGCUCGAGGGAGCGCUGGUCGUCGUGCUCGAGGGGGCGCUGGUCGUCGUGGUGGACGGGGCGCUGGUCGUCGUGCUCGAGGGGGCGCUGGUCGUCGUACUCGAGGGGGCGCUGGUCGUCGUGCUCAAGGGGGCGCUGGUGGUCGUGCUCGAGGGGGCGCUGGUGGUCGUUGUCGAGGGGGCGCUGGUCGUCGUGCUCGAGGGGACGCUUGUCGUCGCGGUGGACGGGGCACUGGUCGUCGUUGUGGAGGGGGCGCUGGUUGUGGUUGUCGAGGGGGCGCUGAUCGUGGUUGUCGAGCUGGUCGUGGUUGUCGAGGGGGCGCUGGUCAUGGUUGUCGAGGGGGCGCUGGUCGUGGUUGUGGACGGGGCGCUGGUGGUCGUGCUCGAGGGAACGCUGGUGGUCGUUGUCGAGGGGGCCCAGGUCGUGGUUGAGGCGGCGCUGGUCGUGGUUGUCGAGGGGGCGCUGGUCGUGGUUGUCGAGGGGGCGCUGGUCGUGGUUGUCGAGGGGGCGCUGGUCGUCGUGGUGGAUGGGGCGCUGGUCGUCGUGCUCGAGGGGACGCUUGUCGUCGCGGUGGACGGGGCACUGGUCGUCGUUGUGGACGGGGCGCUUGUCGUCGUGGUCGAGGGGGCGCUGGUCGUCGUGCUCGAGGGGGCGCUGGUGGUCGUGCUCGAGGGGGCGCUGGUGGUCGUGCUCGAGGGAGCGCUGGUGGUCGUGCUCGACGGGGCGCUGGUCGUCGUGCUCGACGGGGCGCUGGUCGUCGUGGUGGACGGGGCGCUGGUCGUCGUGCUCGAGGGGGCGCUGGUCGUCGUGCUCGAGGGAGCGCUGGUGGUCGUUGUCAAGGGGGCGCUGGUCGUCGUGCUCGAGGGGGCCCUGGUCGUGGUUGUCGAGGGGGCGCUUGUCGUGGUUGUCGAGCUGGUCGUGGUUGUCGAGGGUGCGCUGGUCGUCGUGGUGGACGGGGCGCUGGUCGUGGUUGUCCAGGGGGCGCUGGUCGUCGUGCUUGAGGGGGCGCUGGUCGUCGUGCUCGAGGGGGCGCUGUUCGUCGUGCUCGAGGGGGCGCUGCUCGUCGUGAUCGAGGGGGCGCUGCUCGUCGUUGUGGACGGGGCGCUGGUCGUGGUUGUCGAGGGGGCGCUGGUCGUCGUGCUCGAGGGGGCGCUGCUCGUCGUGCUCGAGGGGGCGCUGCUCGUCGUGCUCGAGGGGGCGCUGGUGGUCGUUGUCGAGGGGGCGCUGGUCGUCGUGCUCGAGGGGACGUUUGUCGUCGUGGUGGACGGGGUGCUGGUCAUCGUUGUGGACGGGGCGCUGGUGGUGGUUGUCGAGGGGGCGCUGCUGGUCGUGGUUGUCGAGGGGGCGCUGGUCGUCGUGGUGGACGGGGCGCUGGUCGUGGUUGUCCAGGGGGCGCUGGUCGUCGUGCUCGAGGGGGCGCUGGUCGUCGUGCUCGAGGGGGCGCUGUUCGUCGUGCUCGAGGGGGCGCUGCUCGUCGUGAUCGAGGGGGCGCUGCUCGUCGUUGUGGACGGGGCGCUGGUUGUGGUUGUCGAGGGGGCGCUGGUCGUGGUUGUCGAGCUGGUCGUGGUUGUCGAGGGGGCGCUGGUCGUGGUUGUCGAGCUGGUCGUGGUUGUCGAGGGGGCGCUGGUCGUGGUUGUGGACGGGGCGCUGGAGGUCGUGCUCGAGGGAACGCUGGUGGUCGUUGUCGAGGGGGCCCUGGUCGUGGUUGUCGAGGGGGCGCUGGUCGUGGUUGUCGAGCUGGUCGUGGUUGUCGAGGGGGCGCUGGUCGUCGUGCUCGAGGGGGCGCUGCUCGUCGUGCUCGAGGGGGCGCUGGUGGUCGUGCUCGAGGGGGCGCUGGUGGUCGUUGUCGAGGGGGCGCUGGUCGUCGUGCUCGAGGGGACGCUUGUCGUCGCGGUGGACGGGGCACUGGUCGUCGUUGUGGACGGGGCGCUGGUUGUGGUUGUCGAGCUGGUCGUGGUUGUCGACGGGGCGCUGGUCGUCGUUGUCGAGCUGGUCGUGGUUGUGGACGGGGCGCUGGUGGUCGUGCUCGAGGGAACGCUGGUGUUCGUUGUUGAGGGGGAGCUGGUGGUGGUUGUCGAGGGGGCGCUGGUCGUGGUUGUCGAGGGGGCGCUGGUCGUGGUUGUCGAGGGGGCGUUGGUCGUGGUUGUCGAGGGGGCGCUGGUCGUGGUUGUCGAGGGGGCGCUGGUGGUCGUGCUCGAGGGAACGCUGGUGGUCGUUGUCGAGGGGGCGCUGGUGGUGGUUGACGAGGGGGCGCUGGUCGUGGUUGUCGAGGGGGCGCUGGUCGUGGUUGUGGACGGGGCGCUGGUGGUCGUGCUCGAGGGAACGCUGGUGGUCGUUGUCGAGGGGGCGCUGGUGGUCGUUGUCGAGGGGGCGCUGGUCGUGGUUGUCGAGGGGGCGCUGGUCGUGGUUGUCGAGGGGGCACUGGUCGUGGUUGUCGAGGGGGCGCUGGUCGUCGUGCUCGAGGGGGCGCUGCUCGUCGUGCUCGAGGGGGCGCUUGUCGUCGUGGUGGACGGGGCGCUGGUCGUCGUUGUGGACGGGGCGCUGGUCGUGGUUGUCGAGCUGGUCGUGGUUGUGGACGGGGCGCUGGUGGUCGCGCUCGAGGGAACGCUGGUGGUCGUUGUCGAGGGGAAGCUGGUGGUGGUUGUCGAGGGGGCGCUGGUCGUGGUUGUCGAGGGGGCGCUGGUCGUGGUUGUCGAGGGGGCGCUGGUCGUUGUGGUGGACGGGGCGCUGGUUGUCAUGGUCGGGGGGGCGCUGGUCGUCGUGGUGGUCGGGGGGGCGCUGGUCGUCGUGGUGGUCGGGGGUGCGCUGGUCGUCGUGGUCGACGGGAAAAGCUGCGGAAAAAUUGUGCCGGGAAAAUCUGUGGCGGCCAUAGUCAUUGUCAUGGCAGGGGCAGUAGUGGUUGUUGUUGUUGUUGUAGUGGGAGCAGCUGUGAUGGCCGUUAUUGUGGGAGUAAAUGUAAAGGGACCUGUAGCAGUAGUAGUCACCAGUGAAACAGUAGUAACUGUUGUAAUUGAGGCCGUAGGUAUUGGUAUCUCUGAAUCAAUUCCAGUGUAUGGCUCUUCAGGAAUUUCUCCAAAUCCCCACAAGUCAUAAAAUCCUGAAUCAUAACUACUUUCCUCAACUGUAUCAGUUGCUGAGUAAGCCGAUGUUUCUGUUGUCAUCGUUGGUGAUUUUUCUGGAUUAUAUGGUUCAACUGGAACAUCAUCAAAGUCCCAUAGCUCGAAUACAUCCGGUUCCUCUAG